GAAUUUUCUAGAACCCUACCCCCACUACUAAUCUAUCUUUCUACAAUCUCUUCCCCACUAUAAAUACCUACUCUUUCUCCACAAUCCUUUCUCCCCUUCUACAUUCGACCCCCCAAUCUUCUUUUCUGCUGCUUAAUCGCUUAUUUUCUGGAUCAGGUUUAGGGCUUUGAGGGGGUUUCUGAUGGCGUCGAAGAGGAUUCUGAAGGAGCUCAAGGAUUUGCAGAAGGAUCCUCCGACAUCAUGCAGCGCCGGUCCUGUAGCAGAAGAUAUGUUCCAUUGGCAAGCAACGAUAAUGGGGCCUACUGACAGCCCUUAUGCUGGAGGUGUAUUUUUGGUGUCGAUUCAUUUCCCUCCGGAUUAUCCUUUUAAGCCACCAAAGGUUGCUUUUCGGACGAAGGUGUUCCACCCUAAUAUCAACAGCAAUGGAAGCAUUUGCCUUGAUAUUCUGAAAGAACAGUGGAGUCCUGCCUUGACUGUUUCUAAGGUCCUUUUGUCUAUCUGCUCUCUGUUGACGGACCCAAACCCUGACGACCCACUGGUGCCUGAAAUUGCUCACAUGUACAAGACAGACCGGAACAAAUAUGAGACUACUGCUCGCAGCUGGACACAGAAGUAUGCCAUGGGGUAAAUGCUGAACAAUCAACCGGUGUAGGCCUCUUCGUCUAUGGUUUAUCCAGAAAAUAAAGCAGUGUUUGGUGUGUUAUUUCCCGUAGUGGUUAACUCUUGAUGGUUGUUUAUGCAAUACUCUGAUUUCCGAAUUUGUGAAUACAAAUAUUGGACGUCUGAUCAAAAUGCAUUUUUGGUCUCAAUCAAAUAGCAAGAAAUAUGUCUA